GUGGCGUUAUAAAUUUCCUUUGUAUUUUCUAGUAAUAUUUUGCGUGUUUACUGAAAUUCGCGUAUGACAUAAAUUAGAUAUUUAUCUGAAUGAAAUUGUUUACUUAUGAUUUAAUAUGGCUGUAAAAGAAAUGCAACGUUCUCCAAUUAAGCGGGGAAGACCACCACUCAACAGAACCAAAUCAGUGAGUAAGCGCAACGACUUCACAGCAACAAGUUCCAAGCUAAUUAUGAAUUAUAAUUUACAAAUGGAUAAAAAUCUACAUGCUACUUCUGAAGAGAAUGAGAGUAUUAGUGAAGAUUUACUUCAACAACAUACUCAAGAUCAUUCAGAUUACAAACUGAUAAGGCUACCAGAAUCUGCAGUAAUUAAAUCUGAAGAGCAGCAAAAAUUACGUUUUCAAAUAGAACUUGAAUUUAUUCAGUGUUUGGCCAAUCCUAAUUAUUUAAAUUUUUUAGCUCAGCGGGGUUAUCUGAAAGAUAAAGCUUUUGUCAAUUAUUUGAAGUAUUUGCAAUACUGGAAGAAGCCUGAAUAUGCCAAGUUUUUGAAAUAUCCCAUGUGUCUCUAUUUCUUAGAAUUACUACAAUAUGAACAUUUCCGACGAGAAAUAACUAGUGCACAAUGUGCAAAAUUUAUUGAUGAUCAACAGCUGUUACAUUGGCAGCAUUAUACCAGGAAAAGAACAAGACUUCUUCAACCUCAGACUGAAACAAAUCCAAUAGUUUCACAAAGCCAGCCACAAAAAUAAUACAAAUCAAAUAAUUAUUAUAAUUACUUAUUAAUCUACAAGGAAGUUGAUAUUUGUAAUGUAUGUCUUUGACUAUAGUAGAUCUGUUAGUUUAAUUAAAAAUGAAAUGGAGUAAAGAAAAAUAUUUUUUAAAAUGUAUAUAAAAAUUGGUUUUUAUAAAAUGAUAAAUUGUAUGCCAAUUCAUUUUUAAUUUAAUACGUUAUAAAUCUAAAAAUUACACUAAAAAAAUAUUUCAAUACAAUUGUUUAUUAAUAAUAUGAUCUGUCAAAGGAUACCUGAAUCCAUUUAAAUCUAAACAUGAAUACUUAUUUUUAAGGAAAUUAUCUUUAAUAAA